AAUGACGUUACUCAACUUUCCCGUCCCAAUCACACCCAAACUCACUCACUCACACACAUUCUCUCCUCUUCCUAUAACAUCAUUACUUCCCAUUUAUUUCUCUCUCCUCACCGUUUGCGCUCCCUCAGAUCUCCCUCGAUCCAGUCAAAAUCUCGGUUGAAAUCGUCGGAGGAGGAAGAAGAAGAAGAAGAAGAAGAUCAUGGCGCAGAUUUUGCUCCACGGUACUCUGCACGUGACCAUCUUUGAGGCUGACUCGUUGUCGGUGAGGAGCUCCGGCGGCGCUCCCAGAUUCCUACGCAAGAUUGUUGAAGGUGUUGAGGAUGUUGUUGGUCUUGGCAAAGGAUCUACCAAACUUUAUGCUACUGUUGAUUUAGAAAAGGCCAGAGUUGGUAGGACAAGAAUGAUUGAAGAUGAACCUGUAAAUCCUCGUUGGUACGAGUCUUUUCACAUCUACUGUGCGCAUAUGGCUGCCGAUAUCAUCUUCACUUUGAAGUUUGACAACCCUAUUGGAGCCUCCCUAAUUGGUAGGGCUUACCUCCCCGUUGAGGAGGUACUAAGCAGUGAUGAAGUUGAUAGAUGGCUGGAGAUUUGUGAUGAUGACCGUAACCCUUUAGAUAGCGGGGCUAAAAUCCAUGUGAAACUUCAGUAUUUUGAUAUCUCAAAGGACCGCAAUUGGUCAAGAGGUGUACGCAGUGCAAAAUACCCUGGGGUUCCUCACACAUUUUAUUCAAUGAGACAGGGGUGCAAAGUAUCGUUGUACCAAGAUGCCCACGUUCCAGACAAUUUCAUUCCCAAAAUUCCACUUGCCAAUGGAAAAUUUUAUGAACCCCACAGAUGUUGGGAGGACAUCUUUGAUGCAAUUAGCAAUGCCCAACAUUUAAUUUACAUAACUGGUUGGUCUGUAUACACUGAAAUAACUCUCAUAAGAGAUUCUAAAAGGCAAAAGCCUGGAGGGGAUAUUACACUUGGGGAGCUACUCAAGAAGAAAGCAGGUGAAGGUGUCCGGGUGCUUAUGCUUGUUUGGGAUGAUCGGACUUCAGUGGGAUUGCUAAAGAAAGACGGCCUCAUGGCGACUCAUGAUGAAGAAACUGAGAAUUACUUUCGUGGCAGUGAUGUAAACUGUGUUUUGUGCCCCCGGAAUCCGGAUGAUGGAGGAAGCUUUGUUCAGGAUCUGCAGAUUUCUACCAUGUUCACUCAUCAUCAAAAGAUUGUCGUUGUGGACCAUGAGAUGCCAACCAGCAGUUCUCAACAGAGGAGAAUUGUAAGUUUCGUUGGUGGUAUCGAUCUUUGUGACGGGAGAUAUGACACUCAGUUUCACUCUUUGUUCAGGACCCUCGAUACUGCUCACCAUACUGACUUCCAUCAGCCGAAUUUCGCAGAUGGGGCUAUUACAAAAGGUGGGCCAAGGGAACCUUGGCAUGAUAUUCACUGUCGCCUAGAAGGACCGAUUGCUUGGGAUGUUUUGUACAAUUUUGAGCAAAGAUGGAGAAAGCAAGGAGGUAAGGAUCUCCUUGUGCAGCUGAGAGAGCUAUCUGAUACCAUUAUUCCACCCUCGCCUGUUAUGUACCCCGAGGACAAAGAAACUUGGAAUGUGCAGCUGUUCAGAUCCAUUGAUGGCGGCGCUGCCUUUGGCUUCCCUGAGACACCUGAGGACGCCGCAAGAGCAGGGUUGGUUAGUGGAAAAGAUAACAUCAUCGACCGGAGCAUCCAGGAUGCUUAUAUACAUGCCAUACGCAGGGCAAAAAAUUUUAUCUACAUUGAGAAUCAGUAUUUCCUUGGUAGUUGUUUUGGUUGGAAGGCUGAUGAUAUAAAGCCUGAGGAUAUUGGGGCUUUGCAUCUGAUCCCUAAGGAGCUCUCAUUGAAGAUUGUUAGUAAGAUUGAAGCGGGGGAGAGGUUUACGGUUUAUGUUGUUGUUCCAAUGUGGCCUGAGGGUAUUCCUGAAAGUGGAUCGGUUCAGGCAAUUUUAGAUUGGCAGAGGAGGACUAUGGAAAUGAUGUACACUGACAUCAUAGAGGCACUCGAAGCUAAGGGAAUCACAGCAAACCCCAAAGACUAUCUUACCUUCUUCUGCUUAGGCAAUCGGGAGGUGAAGACGGAGGGAGAAUACACACCAGAGGAGCAGCCAGAGCCAGAUACAGAUUAUUUCAGAGCGCAGCAGGCCAGAAGGUUCAUGAUAUAUGUUCAUGCAAAGAUGAUGAUUGUUGACGACGAGUACAUAAUUAUCGGGUCAGCCAACAUCAACCAGAGAUCAAUGGACGGAGCAAGGGACUCCGAGAUCGCCAUGGGUGCUUUCCAACCCUACCACCUAGCAACCCGAGGAGAGCCGGCCAGAGGCCAGAUCCAUGGAUUCCGACUGGCUUUAUGGUACGAGCAUCUUGGAAUGCUCGACGACCUCUUCCUCCAUCCAGAGAGCGUCGAGUGUGUGCAGAAAGUGAACCGUGUCGCUGACAAGUACUGGGAUCUCUACUCUCAGGAGGAACCCGAACGCGAUCUCCCUGGACAUUUGCUCAGCUAUCCUAUUGGAGUAAGCGGUGAAGGAGCUGUUACAGAGCUCCCAGGGACGGAGUUUUUCCCCGAUACAAAGGCUCGUGUUCUUGGAACCAAGUCUGAUUACAUGCCCCCCAUCCUCACCACUUAGGUAGCAUUUGUCUUGUUUCUUUGCUUCGGGUUCUUUUUUUUUUCUCUAAAUAAUAGCACUACUGUAUGUGGGAAUAAAACUGCUGAGAUCUUUGAUCGUGGGCUGUAGUCUGUUGUUGGUGUUCUUUGAUGGAUGUGAAUUAAUUUAUGCGUGUGUGAGGUUUUAGUAAUUGAGAUGUGUUUUCCUUUACGACAUAAAUAGAAUCUAUGUUAAGUUUGAUUAU